GGUCAUUUUGGAAGGUCGCCUGGGUUGACGUCCUUGCGGCUGAUAGCUAUGUCAAAAUUCCUGUUUUUACGAUUGUAUAUGUCAACUUAAAAGCAUCAACUUAUUCUCUACUAUUCAAUGAAGGGUCUUACGUACCUUUUUGUUCCUAGUUAAAUGAAGGAAUGGCAGCGUCUGAAGUCACGAGUCCAACAGACAUCCAAGAUGAUUUAAAGAAUGAAAGUUUGGAGGCUACUGUAUCUCUGGAUAAACUCAUAAUGGGAGGUGCACCAAAGUCAUCGGGAUCAGUGUCUACUAGUGAUGAUCAUGUGCCUGCCACAACUUACGUUACAAUCCAUCUCCCUGAUGGAACCCAAGGAUCAACUCUGAGUCAACAAAAAUUGCAGGAACUUAUCAUGCACUUAUCCCAGUCUGGUCAGAUUCAACUACGAGAAGAUAGCAAGAUUGUGAUAGAUCUUAAAUUCAGCGGUAAGUCGGGUGACCAAGGGGUUCAAACAAAAUUGGAAAAUUCUUCGCUCCAACACUCUGCCGUAUCUAGUGGUACGGCAUCCCAAAUACAAACCAUAGCUUCCAGCAUCCCUCAUCGUGUUUUACAGGUUGGCAGCUCGGGUUCCGAUGGAGUUCAAAUUGUACGCACUAUACCUUCUUUUGUUAGUUCUACCAAUCAAAUAAUUUCAUUUCCAACCGUUGCAACACAACAACCAGUCGCAGCCCAGUCAAGCAAUCCUAGACAACAAAUUCAGCAACAACCUACUUACAUUCUAGUCCCAGCAGCUCAGCUAGCAGGUGGUGGAGAGAAUCAGGUGUUUGCAAGCACACCUAUACGUGCUGUUACAGCAGGACACACAAUGCUUCGUACUUCUGGAAUAGGUAUUAAUAAUAAUCAAACUGUUAACACAAGCAGUGUUAAUUUAGGUUCAACUGAUCGAAGUAUUAUUCUGGUACAACAACCAGUUGCUGGAACUAGUAUUCACGUUGGUUCUACAGGUACAAUCGUUCCUGGUUCAAGUAGUGGUAGUGGUACCACUUUAGUUCCUUUACGACAAUUAGGCGUAUCUACUUGUGGCGGCAAUGGAUUGGUGUCUAGUGCAGGUUCUACUCGUCUUAUUGGAUCAAAUGUUGGUAUUGAGUUAUUUUCGAGUACAGUUGGAUCACGAUCGUCCCAAGGUCAAGGAGGUUCAAUGGGAUUGGUAACAAUUUCAGCGAAUGCAGGUGUAUCUGGGUCUUCAUCCUCCGGAACUCCUCAGCGCGAGUCAACUUGGCAGCAAUAUGUCAAACAGUUCACGAAACUGGGUCCCUGUCCAAUCUGUGGGGAUAAAAUUUCUGGUUAUCAUUAUGGAAUAUUUUGUUGUGAAUCCUGCAAAGGCUUCUUCAAACGGACUGUUCAAAAUGCUAAAAGAUAUGCCUGUCAUCGCCCUAAUGCUUCUUCUCGAUGUGAAAUAAAUGUAGCUUCACGCAAGAAAUGUCCAGCUUGUCGCUUUCUAAAAUGUGUAGAUAAAGGAAUGCGUAUUGAAGCUAUUCGUUCGGAUCGUACACGUGGUGGACGUAGCAUGUAUCCUGGUUCACGUUAUCUGCGUCAGAUUGCAGCACGGGUUAGUGGGACUCACUCUGCUCCUGGUCUGGGCCUCUCUAAUUCAGCUAUGGAAUUUUCAACUUCAGAUCUUGAUGGGAGUAUGCUACGUGGAUUGACAGACCAAAGUAUUAUGUCAGAUGAUGCGGAUCAACUUUCUUGCUCUGUUGUCGGACUUGCUGCGCAUACUUUAGGCCCUGAUGGUUUGCCAGCUUCAGAAGACGCGGGUGGUGGUGUUUAUCUGGAUCCUGGUGUUCUCGGUACUCAUGAUAAUGAUGAUGAAGAAAUAGAUUCCAGUAGCCUGCGUGUUGAACCAAACAUUUUAGAAUGUGGAAGCGGAAUCGUUGGUGGUACUAAUUUCUCAACAAAUGUUUCGCCGUAUUUAGGUAGACAGGUAAUUAUCGGUGGUUCAAACGAGUCGAUUCCACGUACCAGAGAACAACUCCCGAAGAUUAUUCGGGAUAUCCUCCUUGUAGAGGAGACCAUAGAAGCGGAACCCGAAGAUGCACUAGAAAUCGAUGCUGCGGUUGCAUCAGAAACUGCAGCACCUGAGGGGGUUUCAGAUGACGAGGCAGCUGUGUACCGCGCAUUGUUGAAUUUGGCAGACCAACGUUUAUAUCGAACAGUACGUUGGUCUCGAGCACUUCCAGACUUCUCUAUACUCGACACGGAUGAUCAAAUACUUUUAAUACAAAAUUGUUGGGCAGACUUACUGUGUCUUGAUUGUUGCUGGCGCUCUUUGCCCACUCCUUCGGAAAUUCGUCUCACCUCAAGCAAAUGUAUCAAUCUUGAAGCUGCACGUGAAAUGGGUGCUGAAGAAAUAGUUGAGAGAAUUUUACAACUCACUCAAUCUUUAACAAGAUUACAACUGGAUAUUGUGGAAUAUGCAUGUUUAAAGGUCAUUGUCCUAAUGCAACCAGAUUUGAACAAUUUAAAAGCAAGUUCUCAAGUUCGAUCCUAUCAAGAAUCUGUUCGACGAUUACUAAUGGAUUAUGUCACCAAGUCGUCACCUGAUAUAAAUGAUAAGUUUAACAAAUUGAUCAAUCGGAUUCCUGAACUACGCAAAACAAGUCAGGCUGCUCGCCUGAUGCUUGUUGAUUUGGAUCUAUCUUCUUAUUUAUCAACUAAUUCUCUUCUAAUGGAACUUUUACGCAGUGAUAUUCAACGAUAUACACCAAAUAAUGGAUCACACAAUUCGAUAGAAUCUACAACAACAGUAUCAAUGCAAGGUUCUACCAAUUCCGGUAUAAAAACUGUCUCAGUCACUUUAGGGGCUGACACUGCAGAAAAUCAAGAGGAGAAUACUACAGUUACAAUGGUCCCAUCAUCAGGUGUUACUGAUUUAUUAUCAUUACCUAAUCAUACUACAAUUACAACAGUAACAGAUAGUAGACUAGAUGAAGCGAUCACCAGUAAUAGUAAUACUUCACUGACUACUUCUGAAGUUGAUGUUAUUUCUAAAUAGUUCAACUUUUAAAAAGAAUAUUUGUUAUUACUAUUAUUAUUAUUAUUAUUGUAAUGAUUAUUAGCUGCCCAUGAAUAUUUGAUUUAUACAUUGUACUCGUUUUCUCACUGUUUCACGCGCCACAUUUGUAUAAAUGGCACUUACAAUGUUAUUUCUAAUGUCUUCGUUAGUAUACAUGCCAGCACAGAUUUUACUGUAAAUACUUCCCAUUUUGGUAAAUAACUAAUUUUCCAAAUAUUACUCUGUUUGUCUUGUUGAAUAGUUGUGAUUUUCACAACCAUCUCUGUCAAAAUUGUUUAGGCGCUCUUUACGCAGGCAUAUGUACGUGUUCUUAAUACACAGAUUUUCCUUCAUUAUUUCCCUCGAAUCCCGGUUAUCUGUUGUAUUCUGUGUACCGUUACACCUAACAUGUGUACAUAUAUAGAUAUAUUACUGAUAUUUAUGUCAGUAGCUUAACUCUUUGUUCUUUCGCAUAUAUAAUUUUCUUUUCAAUAUAUACAUAUUACCAUUAAUAACAAUCAGCACAUAUAAGUAUGUCGCACUUGUCGCUAAAUGUAACUAUAUUCACACUAUUAAAUAUUGUGGUCAAUUAACUAUACGUCUAGGAACAACUUUAUCAAGGAAGAAAUGUUAUUUGUUCUAUUUUUCAGUUUUGAUAGCAGAUUAGUUUUUCUGCGUUUUCAUCUUCCGUUUUUUAUGCAUAUAUAUAUAUAUAUAUAUAUAUAUAUAUAUAUAUAUAUAUAUAUAUAUAUAUCUGUUGAUAUUUUAUCUAGAAAGAUUAUUUAUCUAUACUAAUACGAUUUGUUAAUUGGUAAAUGCACUUCUCAUUAUUAU